AUGACCAUGUUUGAAAAUGUUACCCGGGCCCUGGCCAGACAGCUAAACCCUGGAGGGGACCUGAUACCCCUUGACAGUCUCAUUGACUUCAAGCGCUUCUAUCCCCUCUGCCUGGUGCUGAGGAAGAGGAAGAGGACGCUUUUCUGGGGUGCCCGCUAUGUCCACACUGACUACACCCUCCUGGACGUGCUGGAGCCCGGCAGCUCACCUGCAGAGCCAACAGCUAGUGGGAACUUUUGCUUUAAGAAUGUGCUGGACGCCCGAGUGGAGGGAAAGGUGGACAUGCCAAAGACGGUGAAGGUGACGGGAACUGCAGGGCUGUCCCAGAACAGCACCCUGGAGGUUCAGACACUCAGUGUGGCACCCAAGGCCCUGGAGAGCUUGCAAAAGGAGAGGAAGCUGGCAGAAGAGCACCCGUUCCUGAAGGAGAUGCGAGAUCAAGGAGAGAACCUGUACAUGGUGAUGGAGGUGGUGGAGACCGUCCAGGAGGUCACUCUGGAGAGAGCUGGCAAAGCAGAGGGGUGUUUCUCCCUCCCGUUCUUCGCCCCGUUGGGGCUACAGGGAUCCGUAAACCACAAGGAGACUGUCACCAUCCCCAAAGGCUGCGUCCUGGCCUUCCGAGUGAGACAGCUGAUGGUCAAUGGCAAAGAUGAGUGGGAUAUUCCGCACAUCUGCGAUGAUAACAUGCAAACCUUUCCUCCUGGAGGUGAGGUGCCAGAUGGAGGGUUGUUUGUUUGCCCCACUUACUGUUCAAUAGGGGAGGCACAUGAAGACUUCCAGGCACUAAAGGAAGAGGUUCAAAGAGAGACCCAAGAAGUAAAGAAGCUGAACCGAGUAGGGCAAAACUCCCUGCUCAGCUCCCUCAGCAAACUUCUAGGGAAGAAAAAGGAGCUCCAAGACCUUGAGCUCUUGCUUGAAGGGGCUCUAGACAAGGGACAUGAAGUGACCCUGGAGGCAUUCCCAAAAGAUGUCCUGCUAUCAAAGGACACUAAAGAAGCCGUCCUCUAUUUCCUUGGAGCCCUAACAGAACUAAGUGAAGCCCAACAGAAGCUACUGGUAAAAUCUGUGGAGAAAAAGAUCCUGCCUGUGCAGCUAAAGUUGGUGGAAAGCACAAUGGAACAGAAUUUCCGGCAGGAUAGAGAGGGUGUCUUCCCCCUGCAACCUGACCUGCUCUCUUCCCUUGGGGAAGAGGAACUGACCCUCACCGAAGCCCUAAUAGGGCUGAGUGGCCUGGAAGUGCAGAGAUCAGGCCCCCAGUACACCUGGGACCCAGACACCCUCCCACACCUCUGUGCCCUUUAUGCUGGCCUCUCCUUCCUGCACCUGCUGACCAAAGCCUCCUAA